UUCCUGAAUCUUGGACUUUGCUCCUUGCCCCUUGGUGACGUGCCCAGAGGAAAAUUCCAUCCUGGGGAAGGGAGAGAGAAGAGCUGAGAGAGCCUGAUCCCAAGAAAAGCUUCUCCUGAGAGCACCUAAUUCUGGGAUCACCUGGUCCCAGAGUCACCUCAUCCCAGAACAACCUGGGCCUGACAGCUCCUCAUCCCAGAAAAUUCCAGCUGGCAGAGGAGAAGCUCAUCCUGGGAUCCCCCAUCCCGUCUCCUUCUGCCAAUCCCCGGGGUCUCUCCCAGUGCAUUCAGGGUCUCCCUGUGUUGUCCUGCCAUGGCUGAGCCCUCUGGGAUUGGGGACAGCAUCCCUUUGGAUGAUCCCGGCCUGGACAUCGCUGCCGGGGAGGAAUUCCUUCAGGAAGUGUUCCAGAUCCUGCUGGAGGAGGGUGUGCGGAAGAGCACGGAUGUGACACAGAAGGUGUGUGACUGGAAGGAUCCGCAGGAGCUGCGGGAGCUGCUGGAUCUGGAGCUGCGGAACGAGGGGGAGGGGCAGGAGCGGCUCCUGCAGCGCUGCCGGGACGUGCUGCGCCUCAGCGUCCGCACUGGUCACCCCCGGUUCUUCAACCAGCUUUUCUCGGGGCUGGACCACCACGCCCUGGCCGGGCGGUUCCUCACCGAGACCCUCAACACAAGCCCAUACACGUACGAGGUGGCCCCGGUGCUGGUGCUGAUGGAGGAGCAGGUCCUGGCCAAGCUCCGGGAGCUCGUGGGGUGGAGCAGCGGUGAUGGGAUCUUCGCUCCCGGGGGCUCUAUGUCCAACACGUUGGCCAUGAACGUGGCGCGAUUCCGGCGUUUCCCAGAGAGCCGGAGCAAAGGGACCUGGGACCUGCCUCGCCUGGCCCUGUUUGCAUCCCAGGAGAGCCAUUAUUCCAUCCUAAAAGGAGCUGCUCUCCUGGGAAUUGGCACAGACAACGUUCACCUGGUGCAGACAGAUGAGAGGGGGAAGAUGAUCCCAGAAGAGCUGGAGAAGGAGAUCCAGAGGGUUAAAGCUGAGGGCUCGGAGCCCCUCUUUGUGUGUGCCACGAGUGGCACCACUGUCCUGGGCAGCUUCGACCCGCUGGACGCCAUCGCCGAUGUCUGUGCCCGCCACGGGCUGUGGCUGCACGUGGAUGCAGCAUGGGGAGGCAGCGCCCUCCUGUCCCCCCAACUCCGUCACCUCCUUGCCGGCAUCCACAGAGCUGACUCGGUGACCUGGAACCCCCACAAGCUGUUGAUGGUGGGGUUGCAGUGCUCGGCAUUCCUGCUUCAUGACAGCUCUGGGCUCCUGCAGCGCUGCCACGGUGUGGGGGCCACAUACCUGUUCCAGCGGGACAAGUUCUACGACGUGUCCCUGGACACAGGGGACAAGAGCCCCCAGUGCGGCCGCCGCGCCGACGGCCUGAAGCUCUGGUUGCUCUGGAAAGCCGUGGGGACACGGGGGCUGGCACGGCGUGUGGAGCGGGCGUUCGCUGCCACUCGGUAUCUGUUGGAGCAGGCAAAGAGGAGGGAGGGAUUCCAGCUGGUGAUGGAGCCAGAAUUCCUCAACCUCUGCUUCUGGUUCAUCCCACCCAGCCUGAGGGGUCAGGAAAGCUCCCCAGAAUUCUGGGACAAACUGGGAAAGGUGGCCCCAGCCAUCAAGGAAAAGAUGAUCCGGAGGGGCUCCAUGAUGGUGGGAUACCAACCCCAUGGAUCCCGAGUCAACUUCUUCCGGCAGAUUAUCACAAAUCCUGCUGUCACCCGCCAGGACCUGGACUUCUUCCUGGAUGAGAUCCAGGAAUUGGGAUGGGAUCUGUGAGCACUCCCAAAAAACCCCGAGAAAGACUCCAAAACGUGCCCCCCAUCCCUGAGGAAUAGAAGCAGAACCUUGAUUUCCUCCCCACAUCAAAAAAUCAGAAACAAUCCCGAAAUAUCACACUUGUGGAAUAAAAAUAAAACAACUUUUAAUGGUC